UUUCAUCAAAGCCACAAAGAGAGCCACAGUGGAGCAGUCACAGUAGGAGAGCAACAGAGCGCAGCUACACUGCUGUAUUCCAACUACAGGAGCCCCCCAAGUCUGCAGCGCCCCAGCACCAAGGUUUGGGAAAUGGGCCAACUCUGUGUUUUUGUACUGAUCACAUUGGCGGUGUACUGGGAUAGCUGCUCAGGGAAUCGGGCCAGUGCAGGCAUGGAAGAUCUCUCAGAGUCUGAUUAUCCAGAGAGCGAAUUACCAGUGAAGAGGAACCCCUAUCCUUUGGUGAGAAGUGCUGAAAGCCAGAGCUGGGCAGAUCACCCGAACAUCUGCUAUUUUAUACAUGAGAGUCAGUCAGAGGGUCAGAUUUCCUGCAGGCUACGCUUUACUCGGAGCAAGUUUAACUUUAAUCCCUUUGGACUGCGCUUUGGCAAGAGAGACCACAGCAGCAUAGCCAUAAAGAGAUUUCCCGAAACCUCCAGCGGCCAUUUUCUACAUUACCUUCUGAAACUGAAGGACAAACAGACUGCACUAUGCGGACUGGCCUCUGCUGAGCAAUGCUAG